AUGUUUGAUGCAGUCUGGAUUACCUGGUACAUCCACACCUCGAUCAGAUCAGAAGAUAAACAGGACAUGAAUUACUCCACCGUGAACCUCAACAUAACUGAAUCAGCCGAAGGCUCUUCUGCUUCUUUCAUUGAUAUAAUGUACAUUAUAGAAAUGUGUGUGUGCAGCAUCAAUGUCCUACUUGGUCUUUUUACACACUUCUAUGUAAUGUGGCUUAUUGUAACAGGAAAGGGAAUAGCAUCAGAGUUUUUUUACCUGAAUCUCUCUGUUUGUGAGAUUGGAAACUGCGUAAACUGUUUUUCAGACAUAUUGGCGAUUUGGUUUUCUAGUAUCAAGGUAAUGACAUACUUUUUAUUAGGAUUAGGCAUCACCGGUCGUCCUCUGUUUCAGUGUCUGAUCUGUGUGGAGCGUUACCUGGCAGUGAUUCAUCCUGUAAUCUUUCUGAAGUACAAACCUGUCAGAUAUCGAGUGAUCUGCUGCACCGCUGCCUGGAUCAUGAUUCUUGGAUCCUGUUUGUUCUGCUUGCUUAUGUUAUCAUCACAGAAAUUGUAUAUAUAUAUAUCCUUCUUCACAGUGCAGUUCCUCAUCUUUCUCUCCAUCCAGUUGUUCUGCUGUCUGGCGGUUCUCAGAGCUCUGAAGCAGUCAGGACCAGGAGAGAGAGGGAGAGGGAGAGAGGAGGAAAACCACACGAAGAGACGAGCGUUUCAUCUCAUUCUCAUAACUACUGUAAACAUAGUUAUUAUUUACCUGCCAUAUUGUAUCUCAGGAUUCUUUGUCAUUUUCUCAGAACAAGCCGGUAAACUGUCUUGCUUCUGUUCUGGGUGA